GCGCGGGGCACAUCCGGUUAUUGUUUUGAUCGUAAAGAAAGGGUUGAACAUUGUGCCAUUCUGGAAUAUAUUUUUCUCCGUGGUUGAAUAAAGCCUCAAGUUUUCCAGACUAAUAUGUCUGAAGGUGAAAAAUGUGGUCUUGCAAUGAAUGGUGGUGAUAUCCCACCCCCAAAUCUUGCGCUGGAUGGCGAUAUUUUACAGCAAAUAUUACAAGCAAAAACUGGGGCACCAAACAAAUUUCAGAGUUUCUGGGAAAUGGAUGAAGAAGACAUUGAUGAAUUUACAGAGGAUGAAAUUGAAAAUGAACCAAAGAAAAGAAUAUUAUGGGCUGCUGAAAAUAAUAAAUUAGAGAUUGUUGGAUGUUUGUUGAUAGAGGACCCAGGAUUGGUUAAUUCUUGUGAUAAUGAUCAUUAUACCCCAUUACAUAGAGCUGCUUAUAAUGGUCACGAAGAAAUGGUUAAACUGUUGUUGUCUAAAGGUGCUAAUGUUAAAGCUGAAACAGAAGAUGGCUGGCAUCCAUUACACAGUGCAUGUCGUUGGAACAGCACAAGCUGCGCAGAAAUUCUUCUUCAGAAUGGAGCAGAUAUCAAUGCUGUCACCCACGGUGGUUUGACCCCCUUACAUCUUGCUGCAUCGCAACCCGAGAAUCGAGAAACUAUCGAAAUGCUGCUCUCACAACCGUCCAUUGAUACGACCAUUCGCAGCAAAAUAGGAGAAACGGCCCGGGAGAUUUGUUCCAGAGCCAGCGACCUACAUAAGUUGUUUGAAGUCGCUGAUAAAAAUAUCAACGAAAUCAAUUAAAAAGGUUGUGAGACGGAUGAUGAUUUGUCUUUUAUAAGAUUAUAUUAGAGUAGUUAUUUUAAAUAUAUUGAGGUAGAUUUACAGCCCAUUAUUCUAUUAAAUUCUUUCGAUGUAAAGCCAAGCUUACAUGUAUGUCGCCCUUGCAACGAUUAAGAACUAUAUUUAACUGGCAUAUCUUCGACUGUAGAAAAACUUUUCAGUCGGAACUAGUCUCAGCCAGUUUGACUUUGUUUUUGCUCUACUUUUGAGUCUCGUUGCGGACAUUUUUACUCAGUCUCAAGUGCCAUGAAUUCAUCUAUGGCCAUCAACUUUUAGCACAGGUCGAGCUCGCCAAUAGGAACUGGUUUUAAAAGACACAUGAUAGUACUACAAAAUGGGAAAACCCCUAUUUUGUUUUUAGUCGACAAUACUGGUCAACCUUCUUGCUGGCGUCUUGAUCCCAGUUACAGUCCCAAUUAAUCAGUUUUAUCAGCGUCGACCUAUCUAUGAUCGUCAGCGACAUAAGCUUGAUGUUUUUACUUAUGUGUAUUUCCGAAAUAAGCACAGCGUAAAAGCUAAAAUUCCACAAGUUUUAUUUUAAGGCUUGAAGUUAAUUUUAUUUGUGUUGCUCACUUUGAUCAACAUUCCUCUAUCUUUAUUUCAAACUUUAGAUUUUAUCAAUCAUUUCAAACAUUAGAUGUUAUCAAUCAUUUCAAACAUUAGAUUCUAUCAGUCAUAUCAUCUAGGAUAAUAAAGCACCUGUCACAUACAAUGUCAGGUAAUAAAACACCUGUCACAGACAAUGUCAGGUAAUAAAACACCUGUCACAGACAAUGUCAGGUAAUAAAACACCUGUCACAGACAAUGUCAGGUAAUAAAACACCUUGUCAAAGACAAUGUCAGGUAAUAAAACACCUGUCAUAGACAAUGUCGGGUAAUAAAACACCUGUCAUAGACAAUGUCGGGUAAUAAAACACCUGUCACAGACAAUGUCAGGUAAUAAAACACCUGUCACAGACAAUGUCAGGUAAUAAAACACCUGUCACAGACAAUGUCAGGCAAAAGUUUAGGUUUUGUCCGGCACACUCUCUAUGACGUCAGUAAUUUUUAAUCUGGCAUCAGUUUAUAUUUUGUCAAUUUUUUUUAUUGAUAUGUUCAUCCACAUGCCUGGCACCGAAUUCAAAAACUCAGAUAAUAGUUCAUUAGUACCUGAUAUUAUGUCAGGUACAGAUAAAUUAUUAUUUUCAGGCCUGGUGAUAAUUAUUUAACCACACCUGUAAUUAAUGAACAUACCUGUAAUUAAUUAACCCGCCUGUAGGUUAGAUUAAAAGUUUCAGGUGUUUUAUUCUACCAUGUCUAAUUCUGGGGGAAAACAUUAAAAGAAAUAAACCUUGAUGUUUUUUUGCCAUUUUAUUGUAAAAUGAAAUGCGUUGUGAUGACAGUUAUAGAAAUAUUUCCAGCUGUAUACACCUCUCUUAUUUUACUGAUAGAUGUGUAUACAGCCCUGAGCUAAUGUUAUGUUGGUUUAUACAGCCCUGAUCUAUUGUUAUGGUGGUGUAUACAGCCUUGAGCUAUAGUGAUGGUGGUGUAUACAGCCCUGAGCUAUAGUGAUGGUGGUGUAUACAGCCCUGAGCUAUAGUGACGUUGGUGUAUACAGCCCUGAGCUACAUGUAUAGUGAUGUUGGUGUAUACAGCCCUGAGUUAAAGUAAAAUUGGUUUAUACAAAUUACCAUAUGAAAUGACUAUGUACAUAUCUAUAUAUAUUUUAUGUUUUGUUUGAGUGUUUUUGUGUGUUUUAGUUUUUAGUUAUAUCUAUAUAUAAAUUAACUCAGUCACUAUUUUUAAUUAUCUUUAUUUUCAAAUUGUAGUGAUACUUAAAUUAUUUAAGUACGAGAAAAAACUUUCCUACGACUUUUUCAGUCUAUAAUUUUCCUUACAUAUAAAUAUGGAUCAUGCACCAGGCAUGAUACAUGAAUCUCUAGAAAUUCAGGUUUUAUUUUUAUUGUACGAUAAUUGUAUAUUGACAGUAUUUAACAACAUGUUGUAUAUCACACAUUCAACUUCUUAGUAUCGAUGGAUGACGUCAGGAUAUCAUUUUGAACUAUAGACAGUAUAGUAUACUGUGUAUAUCAGACAUUCAACUCAUUAUUAAUUUACAACUAGAGUCUUAGUUCAUAUUUUAUCAUAGUACAUCCCACGUGUGGAUCGAGGGAUCUUGUUCAAUUCACAAAAGGCUGAUUGUCAGUUUUAUUCUUACUGACUUCCACUGUAUCUUGGGGGAUAAAUCUAUUUGAUAAGGUCAGCUCGCUGAGGUGUAAAUAAGGCUAGGGCACGUGAUUGUUGGCGAGAUUGUAGGUUAGGGUAAGCAUUGGGGCCAAGUCCAGGGUUAGGGUUGGAAUUAGCGCUAGCCCUAUUUUGGGUGUCUAUAACGGCCAUUAAUUUUGAUUGGUCAAUAACUGUGAAGCAAUUUCGGACUUACGCUGAAUGACAUAGUUGAUAAUUGAGGCUACAAUAUGGCUGGAUAACAGAGUCACUAAUUUGAAGAUCGUGUGAUAACGACGACGUGUCCAUGGAUCAUAAAAUGGCAAAUGUAUGAUUAAAGAACGUAGCAUGUUUUUACCGUGGGCGGUUCGACAGAAUGUACGUUAUCGGACUUAUAUACCCUCUGUGUUCGAUACCUGAAUUGGCCGAGAAAGUUCAUCUGGAUUUUCCGGCAUGAUUUCCCCUUGUCAGUUUGUGGUGCAGGCCUGACAAGGACAGCUGUCUCAUCGUUCAGAUAGGACGAAAAACAAAGCCGUGUAUACAUUGGCGGGCAUGUAAAAGAUCCCUUGGCAGUUGGAAUUCGAUAUAAAAGUAGGCCAUAGUGCCGCUACCCGAUCAAAAUUUCCCUCAUAGCACACUGUUUGGCGUAUGCCUGUCUUCAUUAGCCCAGUCGGAGCAAAACAGUAGGAUGUUAAACCACAUUUCAUUUCAUUUUGUAUACCCUUUGUACGUAACUUGAGAUUUGAUUAACUAUCGGUGAAAUUGAUGGGCUAGAUAACUUAACCUGUCAGUCAAUUUACACAUCAUAAAAUUUGAAUAUAAAGGAAUUUAACCUUAGUUUUAUGUGGAAAAACAUUGAAAACUUAAUUUAUAAAUUAAAAGAGAUUAAUACAAUUGAACAAAAUGUCUUAUAUAUCUUCUGAAAUAGGUGAAAAUUUGAUCAAAAUGUGAGUCCUGCACUGUAGAAAUGCACCCCAGUACAAACACUUACAAACACUCCUUGCUAUAAACACUCCUUGCUAUAAACACUCCUUGUUACAAACACUCCUUAUAUAGACAUGGGACCCAUUUUAACAACAUUAUUUUCUAGUCAUUUGUGUUAUAGUUUGACAUCUCCUUCAUUCAGAUCACCUGUAAUAUUUUAUUUGUGUUUAAUUUGCAAUUUGUAUGAUAUCAAUUAAUGAGCUAAUGUUUUUAUUUUCUAUAAAAGUUUUAUUCAGGAGAAAACAUAGUAAUACAUUCCAUAGGAAAUAUUUCAUUAAGCAAUAUAUGCUGGGUUUGUUUCAUAUUAGCCAUGCAAUUAUUAUCAUGCAUAUUAGCUAAGUUUGUUGCAUUUAGCUAAGCUUGUUACAUUUAGCUAAGCCUUUUACAUUUAGCUAAGCUGGUUAAAUUUAAAUUAGCUUGUUAAAUUUAGCUGAGCUUGUUAUUAUAAUCAUGCAAUUAGCUAAGCUGGUUAAAUUUAGCUAAGCUGGUUAAAUUUAGCCGAGCUUGUCAAAUUUAGCUAAGCUUGUUAAAUUUAGCUAAGUUUGUUAAGAUUAUCUUGAAUAUCAUCAUGCAUAUUUGAUCUUGUUUCGAUAUGAAAGAAAUGUCAAUCUAACUUUAUUCUGUAAAUUAAUUGUAAUAUUUCUAAUCUUAUGCAAAUGUUUUUUUAGACAUGUUUUAAUCCGGUAGCAAAUAGGAUUAAGUUUUUAAAAUGUGGCCGUCAUAUUUACCUGGCAAUGAAAUCGAUCCACUGGAUAACUUACCUGUUAAUUAAUUAACAUCCAAUUAGAAUUAGAAUUUCAAAGAAUUUAACCUUAAAACACUAUGAAUAUAGUUUUAUUUUCUUAAUUCAACAAUCUGAUUAAAACACAGAUCCUAUUUCGUUUCGUUUUUUAUAGUUCAAAAUUUCGUUUUACUUGUCUUUACUACACUAAGAGUUGUUAUAUAACCCGCAUUCUGGAUGAUGUAAGGGAUUAGCCAAAGAAAAACGAUCUGUUAUGGCGAGAUUUUGGGGUGAGGUGCACGGAACUGGGGGUAACCAUCUAGAAACAUCAAUGCUGAAUGGUUAAUCAAUUGUCUGAUGUCAUAGGGUCAAAAGCCGCUCGUAUGACCGCUGAAGCGACCUUCCACUACAACCGGUCAGAUCUUCAUGUAGUAGAGGCCAUUGAAAGUAUAAAAAACGAAACGGAAUAUAGAUCUGUAUUUUAACCAGAUUGAUAAUUAAAUGUUAAAUAAUGAAUUUGAAUACAUUUAAGCAUGGAUUAAGCAUCAAAAAAAUUAGAUAUUGUAUGAAAAAGACAACUUUAAUUGCUGGACCAUGAAUUUCUAGUUUUUCAGUAGAUUUCUUGUGUAAUAUAGUUUUUGUAUUGUUUUUUUUUUUUAUCAAAUUAUGGCCAACAAUAUUCUGAUAAUUAAAAUCAAUUAUCUUCUGUAUUUGUCCUAUUAGCACCGAACUACUGUUCCUUGGUCGUCCUAAACCGUCUGUCAACUGGCGUGGUUUCGAAUCUCAAGUUGUACGUGACAAGGAGUAGGGUCGCCUGUCCAACCUUGAGGGUUUUCUCUGGGUCCUCCGGUUUCCUCCCACUGCUAAAGACCCCUACGCACAAGUGAAUUAUUGAAAUAAAAUUAAACCAUAUGUUUGUCCCGAAAUGACGUAGUUUGUGUUGAGUGGACUUUAAACCCCAUUUCUCUCUCUCUCUGUCUCCCCUAAACCGUCUGUGUUAGAGAGAGAGAGAGAGAGAGCGAGAGCUAAGGUCCUCUCCACGACCACGCAGGGUGUUGGGAUGGCCGAAUGGUUAGCACAUGGGUGUUGAAUCAUGAGGUGGGUUAGGAUAAGUCGAAUUUGUAGUUUUGUCAACUCGACACUAAACGACGAGCAAAUGGCUUUUACAUGUCAGUAUUACUUUACUAUAUAUUGGAUUGUAAUCACUAUUGUUAUUGUGUAUUUACUGUGUAUUAGAUCUUGAUCAACAAUUAGUCUCUGAUUCAACUUUUCAUGAAUAAGAUACCGUAGUUGAGCCAUUGUAAGGACCAUCCUUCCAGAUAAACCACUGUUUAUUGAUAAAGUGGUUGUGCCAUUGUAAGGUCCGUCCUUCCAGAUAAACCACUGUUUGUUAAUAUUGUAGUUGUGCCAUUGUAAGGACCAUCCUUUCAGACUAACCACAGUUUAAUAAUAUGGUAGUUGUGCCAUUGUAAGGACCAUCCUUUCAGGCUAACCACAGUUUAUUAAAAAGGUAGUUGUGCCAUUGUAAGGACCAUCCUUUCAGGCUAACCACACAGUUUAUUAAUAAAGUAGUAGUGUCAUUGUAAGGCCUGUCCUUCCAGAUAAACCACUGUUUAUCAAUAAGAUUGUUGUGCGAUGGUAAGGACCAUUCUUUCAGAUAAAUCUUUAUCUAUGAAUAAUGUAGUUGUGUCAUUGUAAGGUCCGUCCUUUCAGACUAACCAUAGUUUAUUAAUGAAUAAAGUAGUUGUGCCAUUGUAAGGAUCCUCCUAUCAGAUAAACCACAGUUUAUUAAUAAGGUAGUUGUUCCAUUGUAAGGAUCCUCCUAUUAGAUAAUUCUUUAUUUGUGAAUAAUGUAGUUGUGUCAUUGAAAGGCCUAUCGUUUCAGAUAAACCACAGUUUAUUAAUAAGGUAGUUGUGCCAUAGUAUCCUUCCAUCUGUCUAUGAAUAAUGUAGAGGUGCCAUUGUAAGGCCCAUCCUUCUAGAUAAAUCACUGUUUAAUAAUAAUCCCUGUCUGUCCAUAUAUGUACAUCUUGUUACAUUAUGACCUUUAACCCUGGCUGAAGUGUUCCUUAAACUUGUGAUGUUAUAAAAGUAUUUUUUUUGUAAUAUUUAUAAUGAAAUGCCAAGUACUUUCUGAAAGUGGUUUUAUUUUUUUCUGAUAAAUGUCUCAUUUAUACCCACCAUGUUUAUAGAUACAGUGGACGAAGUGCCAAAUACUUUUUGUUGUCUAUUACUUAUAGAUUAGUUGAACCAGGAACUGGAUCCAUGCGCUACUCUUCUUCUCCUUCUUCAUGGUAGCGACACGCUUCCAAAAAACAUUGGCUGAGAAAGUUCAUCAGGAUUUUCUGACGUGGUUUCCCCUUGUCAGUGGUGCAGGAUAGAGUUUGACAAGACAGCUGUCUAGUCAUUUGGAUGGGACGAAAAACUGAGGUCCUGUGUACACAUUGACUUGCGCAUAAAGGAUCCCGUAGCAGUUGAAAUUUGAUAUAAGAGUAGGUCGUAGUUUAGCUGUCCGGGCAAAAUUUCCCUCAAAGCACACCGUAUGGAGCAUGCCCGUCUUCAUUAGCCCAGUGGGAGCAGAACAGUGGGAUGAUAAACCACAUUUCAUUUUAUUUCUUCAAAAAACGCCUAAAGCUCCGCUAAUUCAAGUACAAUAAACAUAAUAUUUGGCGUGCUUGUUCUUUGGACAAUUGCGCUACGAUUUGCGGUCCCUAUUUCAAGAUUGCAGCGAUGGCGUCAGUUCCUGGUCCAUAUAAUACUGUCAUAUUUGUUUGAGUUACUACUAUUAUUAUCAAAAUGUUUUUAUGUUGUAUACGAACAUGUUUAUUAGAUCUUAUUUUGUAGAUAAAUGUUGUAUAAAUGAUAAGAUACAUAUCUAGGCUACUAGAAACAUAUCUAUAUUUCAUCAACUAACGGUGUCCGUAGUAGAUUUCCUUCCAGUCUGAUAUGAUAUUCAGAUGGCUACAUAAGAGCUAUUGCAAGAUUUUUUGUUGACUUCACGUGUUAUAUAAAUUAUUAUUUAGCCAUUUAUUAACAUUACAAACCCAUGAUCGACUCUCUAGACAAUCGGAUGGCCGAGAUAUUAAAUGGAUUAUAACUACCGUGCUAUUUAAUAAUUUAAUGUUUAAAUGUAUAAUCAAGACUUUGUUUAUUAUCGUAGCCAUGGUACUUGACAAUCAAGAACAUCUUGUUAAAACUUCAAACACUUUUAACUUUGCUCAGACUAAAAUAAUUUGACUGAAAAUCUCAAUAUAUUCUUUUUUCAUAAUCGAUUUUCAAACUAUUAUAGCAAGAACGGUCAGAUCUUUAUCUAAAUCUUACACAAUGCUGAAUGCAUCUUUAAGCUCUGACAAGUUGGAUAUUGGCUGAAAAAUUCGGGAUAGGGACCGGCAGCCAUAACAAUAAUUUAAAACAAUUUCAUCCACAUCAUGAAAUAAUGACCAUGAAUAGAAGUAUUGACAAACUCAUUAUGCAUCUUUAAAGUUACAAUUUCAUAUUUUUAAGUUAUAUUUUUAAAAUGUAUUAAAAUAAAGCCCUAAAAUAGAUGGUAUCUAUAAACAGUCCUACCUUGUUAAAGAAUAAUCCUAUUAAUCCUAUAAUUCACUAUUGCCAGUUGAGAAAUUGGCAAAAGUAUCAUUGUCAACUUCAAAUUCAAACGUUUGAAGAUAGCUAUUCCUUGGUGGGGAAUAGGAAAACAAGGGAGGUAAUUGUGUUAUUAUUUCCGAUGUGAAGAUUUUUAAGUGUGAGAAAGAUAACCUAUGAUCAUAUAAAGAGAGUUGACAGCCUAUUGAGGAAAAGACAUAGAAAUAAUUAUGUUUUGACUUUCUUAGAAAAUAUGAAAUUGUAACUUUAACAUCAUUCAUUGUUGUCAUUGUUAAGUUUAUAGAAUCGGCUCACCUGUUAGUUAUUCACCAAGUCCGAACUUUUUUUCUUUUUCUUUGUAAAAAGGUCUAUUUUUAUGUCAUAAAAGUAGAAAAGUAUAGUCUUGCUCAACCAGUUUCUAAUUGGUGAAACAACAACAGGGUUAAGGUAUUAAUUUAGUCUGGUUGAACAAGACUAUGGUAAUAGAAAAGGCCGAACUUUUGCCAGAAAUACUAUUUUUUCACCGAUGAUUUUGACUUGACAGUGUAUGACGACGAUUGCUUAUAUAAUUUAUAUUUGACACAUAACCUUUUUACAGCUUAAAAAUAUUAUAAACAAAUGUUUUGCAUGUAUUUUAAUAAAACUUUACCACAGCUUAA